CUUCUCACAAGACCCAACUGGCAACACUAGUUGUGCUGUUUUAGUUUUGAUAAACGUACUUUAAUUUUAUUGUAUUGUAUUUGUAUUGAAUGAAAAUGAAAACCCUUGGAUCAGAGAAAUUAUAACAUUUUUCAUGUCAUUACAUUUUGAUAGUAAACCGAAAAGGUGGUCUUUUUAUUUUACUUGCCAGUGAGUGACGAAUUCAUCAUAUGAUUCUAAGCUGAUAUUACUGUUUAAUUGAAACUAUGAGCAAAAGGUAUUACUGUGAUUAUUGUGAGAAAACAAUGGUAUCAUCGCCGUCUAUAAUAAAGACACAUGUGAAAGGCGUAGUUCACCAGAAGUUGGUUAGCGCGCAUUACCAACAUUUUAAAGACCCAGAAACAAUAUUGAAGGAGGAGAGCUGUAAGAAGCCAUGCACUAGGUUCCCUAGAGGCGAAUGCAACUUUGGCGGCAUAUGUAGAUUUUCACAUUACACACCAGAACAAAUUAAUGCCUUAAGAGACUAUGUUGCUUCUAAAUACAACAAUCUGAAUGAAGCAUCACAGCCGUCCUUCCAAGAUCUCUACCAAAGGCUUCAAGGUAAUCUACACGAAUCAUGUAAAAAGUGUCCCACACGUGGGUAAAUCUGAUCUUAAACUGGGUACAUUUUUCAAAAAGUACAUGGAAAUCCAUAAAAUUAAUGAAAAACCAGACAAAUUGGGGGUAAAUUUAAAAAAUGGCCUCCCACCAAUCGCUCACGGUCACAUAAUACCGCUAAUAGCGUUAACAAAAAAAAAUCUGCGUGAAAAUUACAAUAUAACAAAAAAGGAAAUCAAGAAAAGAGAACACUAUGAAAAGAUAAGACAAAUAACUAAAUUCCUGAAAACUCAUGUGCUCUCGACAAAUUACUUCUAUGAUGAGAUGCAAAGAAUAAUUAGGGACAGACAGGUCAAAGAUCAAGUGAGAAAAAUGGUUUCAUAUUUGGACAGUAACGCGGCGGCCAAGAGUGCUGUGCUGAAAUAUUUCCAUUACAACAAAAUAUCCUUUCAACCAACUACGAGCAUGUGGGAUCAUAAACCUAACGAUUUGGUUAUUAAUGUGUUGAAAGAUCCGUAUAAUGAUGGUGUUAUUAGUUAAUCUAUACUUAUAAUAAAUCUGUAAGAGAGGACAAUUUUGUAUAUGAAAUAUAUCUCCAAAAUAAUUUGGGGGGGGGGGGGGGAGUGAUAAGAUUAGUAAUUGAAUCUGUCUGUAUGUUCGUUAUAGAAAUAAAAACUACUAUUCAUAUAGUUAUAGUAUACUUUUCAUCACGCUACGAUCAAUAUGAGCGGAGUGCAGUGAAAGGAAAUGUUGGGAAAACGGGAGAAGUUACUCCAUUUUUACACCGAUUUUAUGGGCUGGAUUAAACAGGUCUAAAUAAUAAGUUUAAAUCAUAAAUAUUAUUUAGGUAGGGAUUUAUUUCAUUACAAGCUGACGCCGCGCGGUUUUACCCGCGUAUUUUCCGUUCACGUUCAGGAAUACAGGGAUAAUAUAGGGCCUAUAGCCUUCCUCGAUAAAUAUCCUUGGGCUAUCUACACUGAAAGUUUUUUUUUAAUCGGACAAGAGCCCAUCAUUAUCAACCCAUAUUCGGCUCACUGCUGAGCUCGAGUCUCCUCUCAAUGAGAGGGAUUAGUCCAAUAGUAGUACUCAAAAAAUGAGUAGAUUUAGCUACUCAAAAAAAAAAUUUUUGCGGAUCACUGUGGGGAUUUUGUAGGCACGUAUCUAUUAUAUAAUAGUGAUUAAGUAUGUUACGAAAUCAUGUAAUAACUGCUAAACUGAUUUGGAUAAAAUUCGGCACACUGAUAGUGUAUCAAUUUUGAAACAGGGUAACUCAUUUCAGUGGUAAUAAAAUAACCAAUGUAUCUUUCAGUACUUUUAUUUAUGACGUAAAGAAAUCUUGGCGAUCUUUGCUUGAGAAUCGAUAUCAGUUCGUGCAGCUUCGAACCUGGUGAUAUUUUCACUGUUACGGAACCCUAAAACAUAAAAAACAGUCUAUAGGUACCAUCGUUGUCGUCAUAAAAUAAUCAUCAUCAUCAUUAUCAAUCCAUAUUCAGCUCACUGCUGAGCUCGAGUCUCCUCUCAGAAAUCGGAACUUACCAAUUUGUUUCGCUCAUUGCCAUAUCGUAGCAUUUUCUUUACAUCUACAUCUUCUUUCCAUACAUCAUCCCAGUAUUCCUAAAAUUAAAGUGCUUUAUAUUGAUGGCUAUGGCAAAAACUUAUGAAGUCUCACGUACCGAGCAAAACCGUAGAUCUGGUGAGAAUCAAAAUAAUGUUGUAAAAUGGGGCGACGCACUCUCUAAUGAUUUUAGAUUAGAGUGUGGCGUGCGUCAAGGUGGGCUGACCUCUCCGGACCUUCUUAGUCUAUAUGUCAACGACCUGAUUGAGGAACUGAGAAGUGCUAAAGUAGGCUGUCAUAUAGGUACAACAUGUGUAAAUAACCUAAGUUAUACUGAUGAUAUGGUACUUCUGAGUCCCUCAAUCAGGGGACUUAGGCACUUGCUGAACAAAUAUAAUGUGAAAAAGACACAGAUAAUGGUAUUUCGGGCAGGUAAAGGUCCGGAAAAUGUGCCUUUGGUUCUUUUAGAUGGAACUCCUAUAGAAAGGGUGGAAAGGGAUUAUUUCGCGAUCAUCAGAUCGCUAUUAAUUUUAUUAUUAUUGAUAGGUGAAAAGCCUAAUUCAAAAUGACAUCUCGGAAGUUAGCUGCGAUUGUUGCUACGCGCGGGUAGUUCCUACAUAAACUCAAAUAAGGGGUUUUUUUUAGGGAUUUCUUAACUCUUUAAUAUUUUAAAAUUGAUGAUAAUUUUAAUAUUUCCUUCUUGACCUAGCGACCUAUAACGAUAUAUAAUACGUUAAUGUACAACUACUCUAAAGCAACUGUAUUAUUUUGUCUGUAUUAAAUAUAGAAAAUCUGCCACCAGUGGAUUAAUCACCUUAGAUUCUAGAAUUCUAGAUAAAUGAAGUUUUAAUAAUUUACCUUGACUGGCUUUAGUUCUUUAUCAGUUAUAUUUUUUGUUACAAGAUAUUGCUGUAACAAAUAAAAUAUAAAAUUACAAUUUUUUUUCGUAGAUUAAAUUUUAAAAUGAAUUACAGCGCUUUUUUGUUAUUUUCUUUUUCAUUUUCGGCUCCAGAGUCUAAGAUUUGAAUUCACCAUACCGGUCGCACACUUUUAGUAAUUAUUAUCAGUGUUGUCAGUAUUUAAACUUAAAAAUAUAAUAAUUUAAAAACCAUUGGGCCAUCGGAGUUGAAGAAGACAUUGAUUGCGUUAUUCAAAUUAUGAGAUUUUAAUGUCUGAACUAUUCUAUUGAAUUAUUCUAUUGGAACAUUAUAAGAGUUAAAAUAUAACAUAACUGA